UUUUUUUGGCCAGCAUUUAUAUAAAGCCCACUCCACCUUGUUCAAUUUUUUUGGUGGGUUGCAAAUAGAAACACGAAAGAAACAUUUGUGGGGCAUGGUAACUUAUACUACGCCAAGACAACGACAGAAACAACAGCAAAGGCCGGAAGACAACGACGACGACGACGACGAAAGUAAACGAUCUAUGCAAACGACGCGUUCCAAUAGCGACGACGACGAUCUUGAAGAUUCUUCUUCCUCUUAUCGAAUGAGCGAUUCACGCGAUUUCUGCCGUGACAAUAAUAAUGAUGACGACGACGAUCGUACCAACUUGUUGGGUAAACCGAAUCCGAGGACUCAAACAAAAACAGUAUCAUGGUCAGAACUACCGCAAUGGAUGCAGGACAAUAUCUAUAUUACCGCCGGUUAUCGCAGGCCUACAGGAAGCUAUACAAAAUGCAUCCAGAGUCUGUUUUAUCUUCAUAAUGAAAGUGUGAAUAUCUGGAGCCAUUUAUUGGGAUUUAUUCUCUUUCUCGGCCUCGCCAUUCAUUUCGUCUGGCAACAGCCUUUUGCAGACAGUCUCACAGCAGCUGAUUACAUUUACUUUUUCUGUUUCAUCGCCGGCGCCAUGGUGUGUUUGGGCUUCAGUAGCAGUUUCCAUUGCUUUUCGUGUCAUUCAGAACCCGUCGCUGCCCAGUGGAACCGUUGUGAUUAUGCAGGCAUUGUCACCCUUACUGUUGGCUCGUUUUAUCCGCUCCUUUAUUAUGGCUUUCAUUGCCAUCCGACCUUACAAAUCAUUUACCUAGUCAUCAUUACGAUUCUCGGCUCAUUGACUGCAGCCGUAGCGCUCUUGAAACAUUUCCGAACACCAGCUUAUCGAUGGAUGCGCACUGGUCUUUUCUUGGCACUAGGCUUAUUCGGAAUUGUACCUACUCUGCAUGGCGUCAUCAUUUAUGGAUUUGGUAAUUCUGCGGAUACGAUUUCUUUGUGGAACCUGGUCCUGAUGGCCGUAGCCUAUGUUGGUGGUGCAUUGAUCUAUGGGUGUCGCAUUCCUGAGCGCUGGUAUCCUGGAUCAUUUAAUAUCUGGUUUGCGUCCCAUCAAAUUUUUCAUGUCUGUGUACUUAUUGCAGUGACAUCGCAUUAUAUUGGUGUUAUGCGAGCCAUGGCAUUCUGGCAUCAAAAGGACAACCCUCUAUGCGCUCAAUUCAUCUAAUCUGCAAGAGACAUCUAUACAUGACUCGCUUCCACAUCACUCUCUACAUAUAUUAAACCACAUUCCAACUUUUUGUUCUUUGUAUAUGCAUUCCCCCUUCCCUACUCUUUUUUUUAUAUUUUAAAAAGCGUUUCAUAUUAAAACAAAAAACAAACAAACAAUAGAAAUGAUACAUAUUUAUAUAUAUAUAUAUAUAUAAA